CUCGCCACCACCGCCACCACCACCACACCACUUGUAUCUGACUCCAUCAUCACAACUACCAAAACCACUACAUCCUUCACUACCCCCUCACUAAAGCAGCAGCAAUACCAACAUCACCCCCGACCGCCGCCCCCACCGACUACUUUCACAUCCGCACCACCACCACCACCACCACCGCCGCCGCCGCCGCCACCACCACCACAAUCACCGCUGCCACCACUACCACUUCUACAAACGCCACUAUAAUCACACUCACCACCACCACCACCACCGCUACUACUUCCACCACUACAAUCCACAACAGCCACAGUAAAGUUGGAAUCCACAAAAUGGUUUUAUUUUGGUCUGGAAAUAGAAUGAGACGAAGUUCGGACAUCGCGAAUGAGUUUGGUGUGAAGUGAAAGAAAGAAGAAGAAGAAAAAGAAAGGGAAGAAAGAAGGAGAAUAGAAAGAAAAUAAAAAAAGGAAGGAAAAGAAGAAGGAAGAGGGGGGCAAGAGAGUGCAAGGGAAAGUUGUCUGAAGAACAGACAACAACAACAACAAAUCUAAACCAAAUUUAUCAGCAAACUUAUUCCAAUUUGGAAGUUGAAGGAGGAAGAAGAGGAAGAAAGAAGAGAAAGUUUUAAGACAAAACUACAUCCCCCCCGCCACUGCUGAUACUACUACUACUACUAAGGCGCUAGCAGAAUUCUGAUGAGUGGCCGAGGAGGACCCCACGAAGUACUUUUGUGACUGGACUGUGAUAUUUACCCUAUCAGUCACAUUGGUCAGGAUCCUUGUUUUAACUGGUCAAGAAAGUUGGCCUUGGAUAAUCAAUACAGACCCGUAAAGAACGAUCUUGGCCUUGUGAUUACGUUUCCCCAAGGACACCAUGAGGCCAACACAUAUUUCAAAUGAAACUUUUGGGGGUUUCUUACCUGUCGGUAUUUAUGGUUGGAGGAAACGCUGUUUAUAUGCAUUCAUUCUGUUACUCAUGAUCCUUGUCAUUAUGAACUUGGCCCUUACCGUAUGGAUUCUUCGAGUCCUAGAUUUUUCUAUAGGUGGAAUGGGAAAGCUCAGAAUCUUAGACAAUGGUAUCCGGGUGGAUGGUAGAACAGAAUUUACAAAAACAUUGUACACAUCAAAAAUAAAUUCUUUGCCAAAAAAGCCAUUGUUUGUGGAAUCCAGUGCAAAUGUAACAAUAGAAGCCAGAGACAAAACUGGUGCUGUAACGAACCAAUUAAUUAUAGGAGAGAACAACAUAGAAUCCAGAGGUGAUAGAUUUGAAAUCAAAGACAAAAAAGGACGAGAAAGUUUGGUUAUUACAAGAGAUCAUAUAGAACUGUAUCGCAGUAAAUUAGUACAAAAAGGCAAAGCCAUCUUUAAUGGUUCCAUUGAAACACCAACAGUGCAUUCGCCAAACAAUAGACCCUUGCUAAUUGAAGCACCAGACGGCCAAGUGAAGCUGGUUGGUCACACGGGCGUUAACUUAAUUUCAGCUUCAGGAAAAGUGGAGUUGAAGAGUUCACAGGACAUCAGCUUCCAUUCUGGUAAAUCUUUUAUUUCAUUUGAUGCCAAAGGUAUUUACCUAAAAAAUUUGAAGAUAAAUCGAGACACAGGUGGCAAUUCUACCAACUUUAAUGCAAAAGUCUUCCAGUUGUGUAUGUGCAAUACAGGCCGGUUAUUCCUGGCACCACCAACAGAAGAAUGUAUGGCAACAAAUGAUGCCUGUCGAAGAUAACAAGAUUUCACUAACAAAUCUCACUUCCUAAUCACAUAAACUUCUUACUUGAGUGUUUCCCAGCAUCACAAGCACCGGAAUAUUUCUAUGCUGCAUAACUCAUGUGCCUUCAUUUCUAUCACAAAACACACUGCCCAUAAAAAAAA